CUUAUAAAAGAUUCACCCUUCCCACCAUCAACACCCAUAUUUUUCCCUCUCAUCUCCGCAUGAGAAUUAUUGACCCUCGCAUUCACGGUUCAACAACCACUCGGUCAAAUCCCGUUCACUUCAAUAUUUACCCCAACUCGAUCGAUACCUGGAUUUCAUCUGACCCAGACCCGGGUCAGCAUUACACCGACCAACCAUCAUCAUUAUGGCGCCCGGAGCCCUCAGCGAGACUCCCUCUGCGGCAGUCGAGGAGGCUCGCCAGAGGAUCGAAGUGAUUAGCAUCAACGGCAAAAAGGUUGAGGACGCCGUCAACGGUACCAACGGUGUCAAUGACGAGAAGCCAGUAAAUGGUGAAUCCCAGACGGAGGAGAAGGCAGAGAAAGAUGAGACUACAGACGAGGCCAAGGCCGACGGGGAGAAUGACAGCAAAGACGAGACCACCGAGCCCGAGGAUGAGACAAUGAAGUGCGAGAUCAAGCAUCUUGACAGGCGGUAUGAUGACGACGACGAGGCCUACUUUGCCGAGCGCAAGACCGAGGUUGAGAAGCCGAAGCAGAAGGACUGGUGGCGCCUGUUUGCUUUUUGCAUGGUCCGCACCUACGACUCGGACGAUGAGCUCGACGGAACGAGCCUCUAUGUCAACCCUCAACCACUCCGCCAGCUCCUCUUCGACGUUAUCGGCAAGUACCCCGGAAAUCCCAUCGACGUGGACGAUGUUCAGAUCGAAGCACCGUACCAUUCUCUGUUUUACUACCGCACCAAGCUUGAGACGGAGGGCCUUGAGCGCUUCGCCGAGGACCCGGAGUCCCUCGAGCAGCUCAAGUUGCUCCUGAAUUGGAUCAAGACGCACUUCGAGCUCGACAUUGCCGCCUACGAGCGGUGCACCUCCCAGCCGCACAAGGUCAUCGCUUACGACAGGCUCUGGACCCUUUUCCCUCCCGGAACCAUCGCUUACUGCAAGCUUUUGUCGCAAAACCGUGCGUUCCGCAUCAACGACACGUACUACGACGCGAGCGAACUCAGCCCGUGCAUGGGUCUCCGGUCAGAAUUUGUCGACUUUGACGGGGAGCGGCUGGGAACUCGAGCCAUCGAAUUGGCCGUCCCCAAGUACCAGGGCACGAGGGAGCUGAGCGAUCUAGCUGCGAUCCCCAUCGAUCUCAUCGAUGACGCUAGCGACCUCAAGGAGGAACUGCUUGCGCGCGGUAAGAAGUUUGAGGCCCACAUCGGCCAACACUUUGUUCAUUAUGACGGCAUCGCCAUCAAGAAGACGCCUGAGGGUUACGCCCGGUUCACCGUCAACGGCCGCGUCAUGAUCGACUGCAAGACAUACCACAGGCUGGAGCCCAACGACUCCUUUACCGCCAAGAACUUCAACGACGACUCGACCAAGAUGGAGCGGAGCCGGAAGAGGGCCGUGGGCAAUCUCACGUUUGCGGGGACCGAUGGCGAGCGCAAGUAUGAGAAGCUCACAGACCAGCAACUCGUGCUCACCAACGCCACCGUCCGCGGGUACUCGUUUACUGCCAAGCGCUUCUUGGAAUUUUUUGUGGAAGACAUCUCGGAAAUCGAGUGGAACACGGGCUGCUUUGACGACCUGGUGCUUGAUGUUGCCGUCAAGAAGACGGUGCAAGCCCUUGUGUCGUCUCACUCGCAGAAGCGUGAGAGCUUUGACGAUAUCGUCAAGGGCAAGGGAAUGGGCCUGGUCUGCGUGCUACACGGGCCUCCUGGCGUGGGCAAGACUCUGACCGCCGAAUGUGUCGCCGAGUUUGUCAAGCGACCACUGUACAUGGUUUCAUCUGGCGAUCUCGGAACUUCCAGCGCAGAGCUCGACCGCAACCUGACGCGCAUUAUGGACAUGACGUCCACGUGGCGCGCCGUUCUGCUGAUCGACGAGGCCGACGUGUUCCUCGAACGGCGCUCGCUGCACGAUCUGCACCGCAACGCCAUGGUCAGCGUCUUCCUGCGCGUGCUCGAGUACUACUCCGGCAUCCUCUUCCUGACCACGAACCGCGUCAACACGUUCGACGACGCUUUCAAGUCGCGCAUCCACAUCCCCAUCCGCUACACGGACUUGUCGGUCGACUCGCGCCGCCAGAUCUGGAAGAACUUCUGCAGCAUGGUGCCCGGCGGCGUCGACAUCGACGAGAAGGGCCUGUCGACCCUGGCGGAUACCGACCUAAACGGUCGGCAGAUCAAGAACGCCAUCAAGGCGGCCGAGAGCCUGGCCGCGUUUGACGGCGCCAAGCUGGAUCUGAAGCAGCUGUUGCAGAUCACCAAGAUCCAGGCCAUGUUUGAGAGUGACCUGACCAACCUGAGCGGGGUGGACUACACGGCGCCCGGGUCGAGCAAGAAGGAUGCCGACAGCAGGAACAUGUUCUUGUAGACUUUUCCCUUUCUCAGCUUUCUCUUUAUAUUUCGCGGCAGUUCUAGGUAAUCGGGUUGGCACAUGUAAACGGCGUUGGGUUGAGUCUUGACGGGCGUACAUAGGGGGUAAAUGACAUACGACAAUGGCAGCUACAUUUGGUUUGAUGAGGAGGUACCCAUCAGCUUACAACUCCAAGCCGUGAUUCCCAUAAUAGGUUCCAGUGCUCUUUCACCUCAAGUUCAAAACCUGUUAUUCGAGCACGAAAGAAUGCAGAACCCACCAGCAGCAAUCCGUUCCUUUCUCCCCCGAACCAGGGGAAAUUAAAAC